UAUUUUAAGUACACUUAAUUAUCUCACUAAAUGAAGUACCUUUUUAGAAAUCUUAUUUAUGGAAACAUGUGUGCUAUAAAACAUUCAAGUUCAAUCACUUAAAUUUUUCUCAUAUUUUUUCAUAUGCUUCUUUUAGUUUCAUGGGUUCCUGUGGGUAUUUGGACUUUGAAUCAGAAGACUUGACUCUGUCAGUUAAUAUAUAAGUUCCACCUGGCUUUUCAGAGCAUUGCUUUAUUUAAAAUGGGUUUGAAAACACUCUACUUAUCCCACAGCACUCUUUUGAGGAUCAAAUGAGACAAAAUAUGUUAAUUCACUUUGUAAUAGUAAAUAAGCUAUUGCUAUUCCCUUGAAAGAAAAUUUCAAAAAACAAACUCUUUUAAGAGAAUUUACUGAUAUCACUUAAUACGCAUUAUCUUCAUUUCCAAAUCUCUUCCUUUUUCAGAUAUCUUCCUAUAUAACAGAGUAAAACUGAGAGAAAGAAAAAGCAGAUCAGCAAAACUAAGAAAUAUAUUGACCAAAUCUGACAGAGUAUUCAAUAUUCAGUAGUAAUAGUUCAUCUCUAUAGAGAAUAAAAGAAGGAGAUGAAGAAAAAGAAAAAAAAAAAAAGAAACUUCCUAAAGUUUUUGCCACAAUACAGUAUAGGAAUUUUAAUUUAUCCAUAUUUUACAGGUAUUAUCAGAAAGUCAAAAACCAUUUAUCAAACACUAACUGUGAAGUAAGCACUAUGCUAAGCAUUAGUGAUACAAAGAAAAAAUUACACACACACACACACACACACACAGUCCCUACCUUACCAAGCCCAAGGGGCUCACAUACUAGUGAGGUAGACUACAUGAAAAAAAAGUUGUACGUACAGGAUAAAUUCAGUGGAAGGCAGAUGGAAGGUGAUCUCAGAAGUAAGGCACUAAAACCUGUAGAAGAUAAGAUUUGGUCUGAGAAGUGAAAGAAUUCAACAGGUUGGAGUGAGGAGGCAGUGAAAUAGGCACAGGGAUUCAAAAUGUUCUAAGAAAAAACUAAGAAAUGAGAAAAUGAGAAAGUCAGUGCGUCUGGAUCAAAAAAUGUGUGGAUAGUGGAGAAGUAAAAUGUUUUAAGCCUGAGAAAGUAAGGAGAGGCUAGUGAAAGGCUUUGAAUGCCAGAGUAUAUUUGAUCCUUAAGGCAAUAGGAAGCCACUGGAAUUUAUUGAAUAAAAGGAUAAAAUAGUCACACUUCUAUGUUAGGAAAAUCAGUUGAAUAGAGAAUGUAUUGGAGUGGGCAAAGAAUUGAGCCUUUUAGAAGGCAAUUGCAAUAGUCCAGGGAAGAAUGAUAAGGAAUUGUACCAGAGCAGCAUCUGUUGCAAAUAUAAAGAAAAGAAAGCAUAAGAGGAAUUCUGUGAAUGUGAAAACAGGAAGAUUUGGCAAGAAAUUGGCUAUAUGGAGUGAAUAUGAGAAAGGAGUGAAAGAUGACACUAGUUACAAGCCUAAGUGACUGAGAAGACAGUGAUACCAGUCAUAGUAAUAAAGAAAUUUGGAGGAAGGGAAGGUUUUGGGGAAAAAAAGAUAAUGAAUUCAAUGGUGCACAUGUGGAGUUUUGAGAUGUUUUGAGUUUUGAGAUGAAGUAUUAAUUUAAGAUGUCCAAAAGGCAGUUGUUAAUGUGAUACUGGAGUCCCAGAGAGAUAUUAGGACUGAAUACCUAGAUCUGGGAAUUCUUUGCAUUUAAACUCAUUGGAGAUAAUAUGAUCACUAAGCAAGAGAGUACAGAGAGAGAAGAGGAAAGAGAGCCUAAAACAGACCAUUGGGGAAUAUUUACAAUUAGUGGGCAUGUUGAUAAGGAUACAAAAAAGGAGACUUUAGGUAGAACAAUCAGGAAAAUUAGCAGUAUCAUGAAAAUCUAGAAAAGAAAAAGUAUCCAGAAGGAAAGAUUAAAAGUAUCAAAUAAUAGCCUUUAUGUAGCAUCUUAAGUUUUGGGGGGAAAAAAAUAUGUUAACUCCUUUGAGCAAAAAGAUAAAGGACUAUGGAGAGGUCAAGAUGGGUGUGAAGACAUGGACUUGUCUAUAGGCAGCAGGGAAGAAGCCAGUAUAUAGUGAGAGAUUGAAGAUUAGAAAGAACUGAAAUGAAAGAAGGGGACAGUCUUCUAGAUGGAACAGGACAGGGUGGGAUCAGGGGUACAGGUGGAGAGGGUAGUUCCAUCUCUUAAUGAGAAAUGGGAGUGAAGGAAGAGAUAGGGACAAAGAAAGAUAACUGGGUGAUGAAAGAGGAAGGGUGAAAAUGGUGCUCUUGUCAAAGGGCCUCAAGUUUUUCAAUUAAAUAUAACAGGGGUCAUCAGCUGAAGAAGUAAAGGAAGAGGUGCCAUUGGAAGCUCAAAGAGGGAGAAAAAGAUUUGAAAUAGCUGUUGUGAUGAGGGGGAACGUGAAUUACCUUAUUGCUAUAAGGCCUAUUUGAGAUCAUAAAACUUGACCCAGUUAGUCAUGAUUUUCUCAUAUUGUCCUUUUCAACAUAUUCAUUACAAUAAUGAUAUCAGCUCUUAUUACUAGUGAGUAACAAAAAUGGAUAACUGUAAAAUCAGAGAACUAGAAUUUUAGAUAGAUAUAUAAUUUUUAGGGGCUUUUGGUUUUGGGUUUUGGUUUUUUUUCCCAAUUUGACCACAAUACACUUUCCUUUAGUCUUGACCCAUGUUUCAAGUUCUGAACAACUAAUUUAUAGGUUGAUUUAUACUGUUUUCAAAAUUCAGCCAAGGGUGAAUAGUACCAUGCUAAAAAUUUAACUUGCAAAUGCAAAAUAUAGAGGACAGCAUAAAACAUCUACCAAGAUCACAUCCCAAACUCCCUGAGAUAGAUCUCCAGCAGGGAUUCCCUGCUGGCAACAGAAUAAAUAACAGGAAUAUGGAGGUAUAGAGUUAAUAUACUGUAAAUAUAAAUCUCAACUUAACUUGGUUUGCUUAAAAUGUCAAUAAAAGCCUUCUCCUAUAAAAACAAACAAAAAAUAGUUUUUUCAGAGACUAGCUUUUGCUGUACCCAAGGUUUUUUAGUCUCUCCACUUUGUCCUAUCCUGAAUCCUUGGUUCAUUUAAUUAAUUCAUCCAGUUCAGAUUCGCCAUAUAAUCCAUUCUAGAGAUGGAAAGAAGGAAAACAGCAAUUGAGGACUGUUAAAAAAGGAGAGCAGAAAGUACAAGUCUUCCCCUUAUAUACCUUGCUUAUCAUGACUUUGUCCUUUUCCAUGUUUAACAUACUGAAAGAGGAAGAUCAACUAGCUUAUUUUAAAUCAUUUUUGUGCAGAAAUUUUGUAAUCCCUCAUAUAAAUUCCUUCUUAAAGUGGGGGGUUGGGAGUGAAGUUAGAGGUGAAAGAGACUACAAUGGAUAACUUGAAUAAAAAAAUGCGAACAUCUCUUAAAAUCUGGAAGGAAGAUUGCUAAAGUCUCAAGGGAAGUAAAAUAAAAGAAAGGAUGAGGAAUAAUAUUUCAGACUUUGUUAUAUUAUAAAGUAGUAAUCAAUACUAUUUGGUGAUAAUUUUAAAAAAUGGAAGAGUCAGUCUAUGGAACAUACUAGAUAAGAAAAAAUCAGAAAUAAUUUUAACUCAGUAAAUUUCAGAGUAAAUGCCCAGUGCGAGUAAAUUUCAGAACACAAACUACCUUGAAAAAUUCCAAGGUAUUUUUGGAAUUUCUGGGAAAACUGAGAAAUAAUUUGGCAGAAAUUAGUUUACAUAAACAUCUUACCUCAUAUGCCACAAUGAACUCAAAAAUGGAGAACAAAAACUAAAUAUUUAAGGUCAAACCAUAAAAACAAACUUAAAAGCACUUAACUACCCUUCACAUACUUAUUACUUCUCAGCGAGGUAAAUUUACCCACCCACAUGUACUCCAUCAAACCAACAUUCACCUGGGAACGCAUACUAAUAGCACUGCACCUUUUACCCCUUCUUAUUAUCUCUAUUAGCCCUAAAUUCAUUCUCGGCCCAAAAUACUGCAAAUAUAGUUUAAUAAAAACAUUAGAUUGUGAAUCUAAAUAUAGUGUUUGAGGGAAAUUUUUUCUUUCUUUUUUUUGGUUUCAUUUUGUUUAUUCAAUAUUUUAUUUUUUCCCAGUUACAUGUAAAGCAAUUUUUAACAUUUGUGUUUAAAACUUUGAGUUCCAGAUUCUGUCUCUUCCUCCCUCCUUAACCCUCUCCUCCAUUAAGCCUUCUGUGAAGGUUAUUCAGUGAAGUUAUGUAAAACAUUUCCAUAAGUCUUGUUGUGAAAGAAAAUAUAGAUUUCUCACCCCCUUUUCCCCCAGGGAAAAAAAAAACUUGGGAAAAAAUAAAGUAAAAAAAAAAAAAAAGUAUGCUUCAAUCUGUAUUUAGACACAAUCAGUUCUUUCUCUGGGUAUGAACAGCAUUUUUCAUCACAAGUCCUUCAGAGUAGUCUUGGAUCACUCUGUUGCUGAGAAUAGCAAAGUCACUUACAGCUGAUCAUCCUACAACAUUGCUAUUACUUUCUAUUACAUUUCAUUUUGCAGGGGCUCAUGGAAGACUUUCCAAGUUUUUCUGAGAGCAUUCUAUUCAUCAUUUCUUAUAGAAUAAUAGUAUUCCAUCAUAAUAAUAUACUGAAGUUUAUUCAGCCAUUCCCCUCUUGAUGGGCAUCUUGAGGGGAAAUUUCUUAACUAAGCAAGGGAUAUCUUGAUCACAGAAGACAAAAAAAAAGUUUCUGUUGCAUGAUAUUUAAAAGCUCUUACAUUAACAAUUUAUACAGGUCAUUAAGAAAGGAAGCUUGUCACUUGGGAAAAAUCUGAAUCAGAUAUUUCUGCCGAGGGUCAUAUAUCCAAUAUAUAGGUAACUAACAUAACUAUAUAAGACUAAAAGCUAUUUCUUAAUGAUAAUGUUCCAAGGCUAUAGACAAUUCACAAAAGAAUUGCAAACUAUUAAUAAUUAUUCAAAAUCAGUAAUAAUAAGAGAAAUGCUGACAGAAGCUGCUUUAACCAUACCCUCAGCAAACUGGCAAAGAUGACGAGAUGAGAAUAGUUAUGGAAAGAUAGACAACACUGUUGCACUAUCUUUGGAGCUGUAAAUUGGUCCAACUAUUCUUGAAUUUCAAACCGUGCUACCUAGAGCUCCAACUCUAGGCAUAUGCCCAUAUGCUAAAAUAUUCAUAACAGUACAGUGUCUUUGUUUUUUAAUUGGCUAAGAACUAGAAAUAAAGCAGGUUCCCAUCAAUUGAACAAGGCUGACUAAACAUGGUGCAUGAUAUAAUGGAAUAUAAUGAUAUUGUUAAAAAAAAAAAGAUGAAUAUCUGAAGGUCUGCAGAUAAUAUUGGACUUGGUUGAUAUGUUUGCUAGUUUUGUUGAUUUGUUUUAUUCUUUGUUAUAAGGAACUGAUCUGAUCUUUCUGGAUCUCCUGAUUUAGGCAGCAUGACAAAAAUGGAAAUAUGUUUAGAAAAAUUACAUAUUUAACCUAUAUCAGAUGGUUUGCUGUCCAGAGGAGAGAGAGGGUGGGAAAGAAGGAGAAAAAUUUGGAACACAAGGUUUUGCAAAGCUGUGUUUUCCGGGAAGAACCAGCAGUUAUAUGGCUCACGUUUGACAACAUGCACCACCAGUGGCUUCUGUUAGCUGCGUGCUUUUGGGUGAUUUUCAUGUUUAUGGUUGCCAGCAAGUUCAUCACUUUAACCUUUAAAGACCCAGAUGUGUAUGGUUCCAAACAAGACUUCCUGACAACUAUGCCAGAAUUAGAAAAGUGGAGAGAUGAGAAACACUUGCCUACAGAACUAAAGCCAACUGGGAAAGUGCUUUCAGGAAACCGGCUUAACCAGCCCAUGGUCCACCUGGAGCGUCUGGAACUUCUCAAAAAUGUCUGCCGAGAUGCUGCUCUGAGGAAUCUCUCACACACCACAGUCUCAAAAUUUGUCUUAGACCGAAUAUUUGUCUGCGACAAACACAAGAUCCUCUUCUGUCAAACUCCCAAAGUGGGCAAUACACAGUGGAAAAAAGUUCUAAUUGUUUUAAAUGGAGUUUUUCCUUCCAUUGAAGAGAUCCCAGAAAAUGUAGUACAUGACCAUGAAAAAAAUGGCCUACCACGUUUGUCUUCUUUCAGUGACUCUGAAAUUGAGAAACGCUUGAAAUCAUACUUCAAAUUUUUUAUCGUAAGAGACCCCUUUGAAAGACUCAUUUCUGCUUUUAAGGACAAGUUUGUACAUAAUCCUAGGUUUGAGCCUUGGUAUCGGCAUGAGAUAGCUCCUGGAAUCAUUAGAAAAUAUAGAAAGAAUCGAACAGAAACCAGGGGUCUUCAAUUUGAGGACUUUGUGCGUUACCUGGGGGACCCAAACCAUAGGUGGUUAGAUCUUCAGUUUGGGGACCACAUAAUUCAUUGGGUAACGUAUGUAGAACUUUGUGCACCUUGUGAAAUAAACUACAGUGUGAUUGGACAUCAUGAGACUUUGGAGGAAGAUGCUCCAUAUAUUCUGAAGGAAGCUGGGAUUGACCAUCUAGUAUCUUACCCAACAAUUCCUCCAGGCAUUACUGUGUAUAACAAAACCAAGGUGGAACACUACUUCUUGGGAGUAAGCAAAAGAGAUAUACGCCGUCUAUAUGCACGUUUUGAAGGAGACUUUAAGCUCUUUGGGUAUCAGAAGCCAGAUUUUUUGCUAAACUGAUGCCUGAGACCGUGAAGAGAGAAGUGUCUUCCUUAAACCAAGGGAUAUCCAGCUGUAUACCUGAACCCAGAACUAGUUUCCUGAACUGCACCUUCAUUUUGUAAAAUUCCUAAUGAAUAACAAUUGGCCAGUUGUUAGCUCUUUGGCAUGUGAAAUGGGACCUCUCCUAAUAGCCAUUCUUCAUUUGUGCAUAAAGGGGCACUGAGUGGCUCUAUGGUAAUCAGGACAUCCCUGGCCUCCCAUUCCCCCCAGGAAUAAAAAUAAGAAUUUAAUCUGCAAAGGGGGACAGAGGUUGAGGAAAAUAAUACAAUUUUAAGAGUGGUUUUAGACAGCAAUUGAAGAGAAAGUCUUAAUCUCUAAUGAAUUAAUGGAUUGUAGGUGGAAUUGUCAUUUCUGAGUUGCCAGUAAUGGUACCUAGUGUUGACAGGAAGAAUAGAGAAGUUAACAGGCUGCAAAAAUUGUAAAGACUAAAAUUUGAUGACAAAAUUAUACUUCUGGGUUUCAAUUUUUUCCUUUUUAUUUCUAUAAGAACUAAGGGAAGACUCAUUUUUUUGUUUUGUUUUUUUUUUUUUUCAUAACUACAUUGGAGAGAAUUUGACUUCUCUCCCACUCCAACCCAGUUAUAUCUCAAAAAGCAAUUUCAGGAGAUUUUUUUUAAUAGAGAAAAUGCACCUGUGCAAUGAUGUUCUAAAUGCUGAACAUUUGUUGGCCAGUAAGUUUACUUAAUCCAGUCCAAGAAUCCCAAAGUUGAUAGUGUUAGAUGCUUGAGAUGAAAGGGAGAAUGCAGUUCCUCUCUCUAUAUAAAGGGGAAUUCUUGUUAGACAUUAAAGAAAGUUUAGAAUGAUUUUUUAAAAAUUUUUUGGAUUUUGAAUUCAGGCUUCGCUCUGGGUUUAAUAAAUAUUGUCCUGACACUGUUUUCUUUGAACAUUGUGCCCAUUAGCAACCAAUAUUUGAAUGCCCUAUUCUGAACAAGGGCAGUGUAUUAAGUAUGAGGUGCUUGGUAGGUUCUCCUACUACUUAUUCCAAGGUGCCUCUCCUGGUCCUAGGUUUGCUCUGUCAAUGUAUUAGGAGGGCAAGGAUGUUUUUUUUUGUCCUUACCUUGGAUCUCAGCAAAAUGCCCUCGAGUGGGACCAUGGCUUCUACUUGCAUUUCUAAAAGUUGUGAGUUUGAGUUCACCAGCAAUAAAAUCCAGCAAUGUUAAAUUGUUUAAUGGCCCUUGUAGAGGGAAGAUUGUCCUUAACAAUUUUAGCAGUAUCAGAAUAGACCUCUGUGGUGCAAGAGGCAACAGGCAGAGGAAAACCCUCACUUCUAGGGUGUCAGCCUUUGUCUAGCUAUUGGAGGGGAAUGAAUGGAAUGUGUUCAGAUCUUAUUAUUGCCACUAUAUCUAAAGAAAUACCCUAGGGAGGAAAGGGGAAAGUCCUCAGAGAUGAGCCAUAUACUACCCCAUCUAAAGGUAGGGUUUAAAAAAUGGGGGGGGGGGGAAGAGAUUCUUUCUAACAAGUGAAGUAGCAAAAAUAAGUUGACUCCUAUUGUUGAGGCGGCUGUCUUCUUUCUCUGUCCCCCAUCUCUCUCUCUCUCCCUUCUUCCUUCUCUUGUCCUUCCUUCUCCUCCUCCUCUUUCUCUGUCUCUGUCUCUCUCUCUGUCUCUUUCUUUCUGACUCUGUCUCUCUGUCUCUCUCCUUCUCUCCUUCUCCUCCCCCUUUCUUUUCCUCUCCCUUCCCCCCACCCUUUUUCCCUUUCUCUCCUAUCUUUUUGUCACUGAAAAGACUGAUGACUGUGGUAAAGAAAUCACUUAAACCUUAGAUGUAAUAGGACUUGGAGGUUAGCUGUAAAUGCUAUUUUCUUGCCUGCUGGGGGCAUUCUCCAUAUCCUAUCUGUCACCUGCCCUUUAAAUAGUAUUGGAUAUGUGGGUAUGAUGUGCAAGGAUGUCAAAUGACACCAGUGAUGGCAAGAGAGAUGCAGGCAGCAAGGUGGGUGAUGAACUUGAGUUUAAAUUCUGACCUGUGUGACACAGCCCCAGUAGGUGCCAGUUUCCUGAUCUGUACAGUGAAGGGGUUGAACCAGUAGUGUGUGAGGUCCCCUCCAUUUCCAAAGGAUUCCAUGAUCUUUACAACCAGCCACACAAGUUGUCCUGAUGGCAUCUUAUGGAAGCAAGAAUGGGCCUCAAUACUUGAGAAAAGAAAGAAAAAUUAGAUUUAAAAUAUGUGCCAAACCUGACAUGUGCUGCAGCUCAGAAAAAGGUAAUAUAAUAGCUGAAAGUCAUUCCAGACACAUCUUGACACACUAAUUGGUCUAAGGGAAGAGCAUUCAACUGACUAUUGUUAACUGGUGGGUCUAAAGUAGCAAAAGCUUAAAUGCUACUAUGUGGUCAUUGGGCCUUUUUGGGUUGGUUUUGUUCGGUUUGGUUUGGUUUUGUUUUUUGACAGAUGCAAUUACAGAGUUAUAGACUUGUUAGUCCUUAACAGUUGUGCAAGGAUGUAACCCUUCAGUUAUUUUUAUAUGAAGUCUUAGCCAAGUCCAUUGUUGAAUACUUUCAGAUCUAAUGACUUGAUCGAUUACCUCUUUGCUGACUUAAAAUGUAACAAUGUGAAUAAUGUUAUUGUGAAUUAAGGCCUUAAGGUUCGUCCUAAUAAAAAAAAAAAAAAAAAGGAAAAACAAAAGAUAAACUUUUCUUUCUAAAAUA